AUAUACGGUUGUAAAAUUAAUAUAAAAACCAUUCAUAAAAAAGCAUUCGUACCAAUAACACAGUAAAAUGGCAAACCAUUCGGACGCCCAAGGGAAAAACAUUAUAAUAACUGGAGGUGCUUCCGGUUUGGGAGCUGAAUAUGCUGAAGUUUUCUUGAAACUUGGAGCAAAGAACAUAGCUAUACUAGAUAUAGCAGAAAAAGUAGGAGAAGCGACCGCCGCAAGACUUAACGAAAGUAAACCUAAUUGCGUGAUAUUUGUGAAAUGCGACGUAAGCGACGAGAGCAAUAUUCAAAAGGCUUUUGAUGAAGUUGUCGAUAAAUUUGGACGAAUUGAUGUAUUGGUUAAUAAUGCUGGCAUAAUGAAUGAUUCGCCUGCCUUCUUCAGAACUGCUUGUGAUGUGAACUGGAAAGGAUUAGUUUCGUUUACGUAUAAAGCGAUUUACCAUAUGAGUAAAGAGGAAGGAGGCGUAGGAGGCACGAUAAUCAAUAUUUCUUCGACAGCAGCUCUGACUAAAUUCCCAUAUUUGCCAACUUACAAUGGUACCAAGAUAGCCGUUUUGCAUUUUACCCAGUGUCUUGCGAUGGAGCCAUUUUACCAAACAACUGGUAUACGAUUGUUAACUAUUUGCUUCGGGCCGACGGACACGCCUUUACUUCAAGGCUUAGAGAAAAGGGCCUACACGGAAAAACGUAGAAAGGACUUCGAAGAAAUCAUUCCACGUUUAAAUAUCAAAUUCCAAAAGGUAGAAUCUGCGGUGAACUCGUUUAUUAAGAUGUUUGAGACUGGAUCACCUGGAUCAAUAUGGUUAUCUUGCAAGGACCGGCCAGUGCAGGACAUUACAUCUGCAAUAGACAACACCUUCGCGGAAUUAAAUAAGUUGAUAAUAUAAAUAAAUUUUACACAAUCUUGUUAAUUGCAUAUUAUGUGUUUUAUAGAAAUUCUUACUUAUUUAAACAGCGAUAUUACUUUCUUUAUGUUGAUAAUGUAUAAUUAAAUCUGUGGCAAUA